GUCAAUCUAUCAGUUUGUUAUUUCUUCUCAAGCUAAAUCAUCCGAAAUGUUUCUCGCCAAGAUCCUGAUCCUCUGCACCGCCUGUGUCCUGGUCAAUUCCCAAAUACCCGGAGGUAUCAGGGUUCUUGAAGGCAAGGAUCUAGCCGACGCCAAGGAAAUUCUCGAGACGUCUCUUUCUAAACUAGCCGCUGGCGAGGGACCCCACUAUCGCAUCUCAAAGAUUCGUUCGGCCACGGUUCAGGUGGUGUCUGGCUCCAAACACGCUUACUCUGUGGAGCUAAUUGACAACAGUGGUGCCACCAAGGAGUGCAAUGUGAAGAUUUGGUCCCAGCCUUGGGUUCCCAAUGGCAUUGAGGUGACCUUCAACUGCCCCAACGAACCGGAAGUUGUCAGGAGACACAGUUCAUAAGCAAAUGUUGUUGAGAUUAUUGGAAUAUGUGAAUAAAUAAUAAGAAUAUAAAUCUGUAUAA